UUUGUUUGUUGUUCCACCGCUACGCUAUUGCUGACUGCUACUGCCGAGCCGAACCGAGCCGACUCAUUCAGUCAGUCGGUCAGACCGUCAGCGCGCUCGAGCGAACAGAGACACCGGCACCUCGAACCGAAUCGAACGUGCCGUGCCAAGCGUGAGAUGGCGUCCGGGAGAAGCACACUGGCGGAAAGCCUUCGGGAGCUGUACCAGUUCAGUGUCGUUGAUUACUGUAUGUUCGGUGCGAUGCUAAUGCUUUCGGCUGCCUGUGGGAUCUACUUCGGAUUCUUCAAACGAAACAAGGGUGGCGAUGCGGAAACACCUGAGAGCAGUAGCAGCGAUGACGAGAGUGCUCAUAGAACGGUGGUGACCAACUCUGGAGCAGGUCGGGCCAAGACGACGUUCGGAUCAUCUACCAUGGAUGAAUAUUUGCUGGGCUCGCGCAAGUUGAAAGCUUUCCCAGUGGCGAUGAGCCUCGUGGCAGGAUACAUAUCCGGCGUGACGAUACUGGGAACUCCGGCGGAGAUCUACAACUUCGGGACACAGUAUUGGCUGAUUGUGAUACCGAUUCUGCUGAUGGGAUACGCCGUCUGUACCGUGUAUCUGCCUGUGUUCUGCUCGUUGAAGCUAAAUUCGUCCUAUGAAUAUCUGGAGCUACGAUUCAACUCGUACGUCCGCUCGAUAGCGUCUGUAAUGUUUGUUAUUGAUGAGCUUCUCUUCCUCCCGAUGAUCAUCUAUGUGCCAGCACUGGCAUUCAAUCAAGUAACUGGCUUCAACCUGUAUGUGAUUGGUGCGAUCGUGUGCGUCGUCUGCAUAUUUUAUACCCUUCUGGGAGGUAUCAAAGCGGUCGUGUUCACCGAUGCGUGGCAGGUGGUGGUAAUGUUCAUCUCCGUCGUAGUGGUCGUCAUUAUCGGCACGAUUGCGAUCGGUGGACCAGAUGUCAUAUGGGACCGGUCGGUGGAAGGUGGACGGAUAGAUUUCUUCAACUUUAAUCCCUCGAUGUACGAACGGCAAACGUUCUGGGCGGUGCUUAUCGGUGGCUUCUUCUACUGGACCUCCUUCAACUCGGUCAAUCAGACGAUGGUCCAGCGCUACAUGUCCCUGCCGAACCUGAAGAAAGCGAAGCUAUCCAUCGCAAUGUUUACGGUUGGAAUGGGCGUGUUUGUGUCCGUUUGCUGCUAUGCCGGGUUGCUGCUGUACGGGAAGUAUUUCGAAUGUGAUCCAGCCACCGUUGGACUGGUGACGACGGACGAUCAGCUGUUUCCGCACUACGUGAUGGAAUCGGUUGGGAAGUUAAAAGGCAUCCCGGGACUGUUUAUUGCCGGUGUGUUCGGGGCCGCCCUUAGCUCGCUUUCCGUUGUACUAAACUCUACCUCAGCGGUUCUGCUGGAGGACAUUUUGAAGGGAUUGUUCCGGGUAAAUCCGAGCCCAUUUGUAGCGAACGUUUUCGUGCGCGGUAGUGUGGUGGUGCUCGGGCUAGCCGCUAUGGGAUGUUUGUUCAUCAUUGAGAAACUCGGUGGUAUACUGAGUGUGGCCACUUCCCUGUCCGCGAUCGCAGCCGGUACAACGUGUGGAAUUUUCACGCUGGGAAUGUUGAUUCCGUGGAGCAAUACGAAGGGCGCACUGUUUGGGGGUGUAUCGGGUGCAUUGCUGUCCGGCUGGGUGUCGCUGGGAAGUCAGUUUGCCAGUGCAGCUGGCGAGAUCGUACCACACAAGCUGCCCGUCUCGGUGGAGGGAUGCAUUGAGGAUCUGAUCACAAACGUCACGAUGGUGAAUCCUAUCUAUCCGGACGAGAGUGGAGUGUUUCCCUUGUACCGGCUAUCGUACCACUGGAUCACUCCGAUCGGUGUGAUGACGGUGCUGAUCGUGGGGACGGCUGUAUCGUUCAUCACAGGACCCCGAGAUCUACGUCACAUCGACCCCGAACUCAUCUCACCGGUCAUCCAUCGGUUCCUGCCCCAGGAAUCGUUCGGCAACUUUGGAACGGCGAGCAAGAACUCGACGGCGGGUCCUGUGAUCUUUAGCGAAGAAAUGCAACCUCACACAAACGUGCCGGCUGCGACGGGGAGUGUCCCGUACGGUUCGACGGUGGAACGAAAUGGACAGGUACUGAAAUCUCGAUGAUGAAGCUGUAACUCAUAAUCAAGAAACACAUAUCCGGGACACCCAUGGCAGCUACCUGUGCCAAAUUUGGUCGCCAAAAUGGAUCUGAUCCUGACGCUGACGCAUAAAAGACCCAGAGAGUAUUGAAGAAGCGCAAAGACAAAUGUACCAGGGGCAUGAUGAAGCGUUUAUUGCCUCCAUUCCAGGAGUAGCUCUACUUAGCUCUAGCAAGACUGUGUGUACAAAACAAUCAAAGUGUCUGCCUGGGACUUUCUUCAACCGGUGGGUAAAGUCACACUCGAACUGUUUAGGUAAUUUUGUUUGUCGCGUGCGAAGAUUAUUGUUUGGUAAUUGUAUUUGGAGUUUUGUUUUUUCCCCGUUCUUAGUAUUUGUAAGAUUUACGUGAUUUUGUAAGCGUAAUGUAGCGCGGCGUAUACACCACAAACCUUACCACAAUCAAUCGCUCUUCCUACCUUACCUUCCCACCAUAUCGUUACACGAUCUGUGAUAGACCUUGGUGCAAAAUGUGAAACAGAAAGGCACUGCGUGGGUGAGUGUGUGUGUGGGUUGAGUACGGAACUUUUUGUUGUUACUUAUUGAUUGAUUGCCAUUGAGGUAGUUUGAGAGGCUGAAGUCGUCUAGUGGCGAAUGGAUGUGCUUAGUGGAAAUUUAUUAAUGUUGAUAGGUGUUGCGAGCGAUUAAAAUACAAUAAAACUGAUUUAUAACGAUG